AGGGCCGGCAACACCACGGAGACCACCACCACCACACAGAGCACCCAGUCGGCCGACGGCUCGGCGUGCAGCAGUGUCACCAAGACCGAGCGUCUCGUCCAGUCUAGUGAUGGCACCAAGACCUCCCGUACCACAACCAUGGAGUCGAGUUAUGUGAAGAGAUCGGAUAAUGGCAACAGCACAUUUGUUCAAACUAAAUCGUCCUACAGUUCCUCUUCCAAGAAGACGGGCAGCAUCUUCGACCGUGAAGACGAGAGUGCCUCCAGGCAGAGCAGCCUGGCCGCGCUGGAGCGGCGCCAGGCUGAGAAGAAGAAGGAGCUGAUGAAAGCUCAGAGCCUGCCCAAGACAUCGGCCUCGCAGGCUCGCAAGGCCAUGAUGGAGAAGCUGCAGAAGGAGGGUGGGAGCUCGCCAAACCCCUCGGCGGCACGCACCGCCGUGCAGCGCUCCUCCAGCUUUGGCGUGCCCAACGCCAACAGCAUCAAGCAGAUGUUGCUAGACUGGUGCAGAGCCAAGACCCGGGGCUACGAGCACGUGGACAUCCAGAACUUCUCGUCCAGCUGGAGUGACGGCAUGGCCUUCUGCGCCUUGGUCCACAACUUCUUCCCUGAGGCGUUUGACUACAGCCAGCUGACACCCCAGAACCGGCGCCACAACUUCGAGGUGGCCUUCUCCUCCGCAGAGAAGCACGCGGACUGUCCGCAGUUGCUGGACGUGGAGGACAUGGUCCGGAUGCGCGAGCCGGAUUGGAAGUGUGUGUACACAUACAUUCAGGAAUUCUAUCGCUGCCUGGUCCAGAAGGGGCUGGUAAAAACCAAAAAGUCGUAG